AACAGAUCGGAUCCACGGCUCCAGUCUUGUCCGAACGGCGCCCGUUUUGCCUGCAAGGAAGAUUGUCCAGAGAUACAACGCCUGAUACAAGAUGUCUUAUCAGUGCCAUAUGUAGACGAAUGUGGCAAGGCAAGUCAAUCAGACAGGCGUGGUAAAGAACUACUUGCUUUCUUCGGUUUUGAAACAACAUCAUCCCCAGAAAGUCUCAACUUCCUUGAGGACCUUGUCGACGAGAGCUACCAGAGUCUUGUUGCUGAAGACGAAGAUGGGAAGAUUAUUGGGUUUGUAGCUUUGAAUCACUCGCCCAGAUUGCUGGCGAAUGAAGCACAAACUAAAGAAGAAAGCCUCUCUCUCUUCAGGUACAGGUGGCCGGAAUGGCUUCAAGCAACUUACUCCAUCAACUGCAUGUGGCGCCCGUUGUGUAGUGCGAACGAUGGAACGAAGGGGUCGUCUUCUUCCAGCGGAAGAUGUGAACCCGUCACAGCUCAUUCUACUGUCCCUCCCCAGUCCGACGGGGUGCCGAUUACUCCGAGUAAUACUCUAUGGAUCAGCUUCCUAGUUUACCAUUCGACUACGGCGUGCUCUGUUCUUGCGUCGAUGGUCGAGGCUACGUUUGCGUCAGCCUUCGAGUUGCAGAACCUCGCACUUUUCAAUAGAUUUGGCUCCCCGACUGAGAGCCCGGUACUGCUGCCGAAACUAUUCGACACAUUUACCCCUCUCGUGUCCCAGAGCCCGGUUCUUCCCAAAGAGAUACAUGCCCUGAAAGUUCACUUCUGCAGUCGCAACGACUGCAUAAAGCCUCUGAAGAUACGACAGGCGGAGGUUGAGGACUACGACGAUCUUGUUAAAGUCUUUGAUGUAGCAACGGAACUCCGCCCGGCGGACUACGGGGAAUUUUUCCUCGCUGAGUUGAUCGGCGGUCAGGACGACCGGAACAAGUGCCUGGCUGCAGAAGCCCAUGGAUUCGCUGUCGGCCUGGCAUCCUUUACCACGGAUAUUGACAUCAACUUACUUAACAACUGCUUUGAGCUCGAGAGCUAUGACUUCCUGGUCGAUCGAGAAUACAUGAAUAAGAUCAGGACCACAAUGACUUUUAUGCAGCAUCGCGGGAGCCACAUGUUUUUCCCGAGUGGCGGCAUGCCCAGCAGUAAGAGACAAUUACAGAGUCGCUAGUCACAUCUUACAUAGGCACCAUUCUUCUUCAGAUGAGAAGAUAUUCAGCAUCCUGUUCGAUCUGCACAUCGUCGCAGGCAACUACGUUUUCUCGGAGAAGCAUGACAUUAUCGCAGUUAUGCUUUUUUGAGUUGCUUGCCCGGAUGCGUUGGAGCACCUCUUCGGCUUCACUUGGCUGUCGUCUUCUGACCCGUGAAUGAAAUACAUGAGCUAGGACAUUCUAAUUGAUGACCUGCAGAAGAUUAACGGACAACGCGUGUUCAAGACGCGCAGCGAAUCGCCAUGGCGUCUGCUACAAUACGUUCGAUACGGAUGUAACCAGGGCUACUGUCGAUCCUAUCACCAGAAUCUCAUGCGGUGGGAUGGUGUUGGGGCUGCUCGGAUUAUGUGAUUGCCUCCUGCUGUAGCUCGCGGCCACUUGUACGGAUCUGGUGUUGGCGAUUUGGUACAAGAAACGAUGCGAAAAAUCCCGGGCAUGUUUCCAGAUAGUACGUUGGGUCGGAGGAGACUCACUUUUCAGGCUUUACCGCUGACGUAACUGCACCAAGACACAUGCAUGAGCACGACUGAAACACCUAACCCCAAGACCGAUCCGAUCGAAACGUUUCACUCGCCUCCGUCUCCGCUGGCUCAAAAUUUGAAAGGAAGGCAUAUCUUGAGAAAAUAAGUGACGUGGAGUCACAAUUCGGAAGCGAACCUGGGAAAAUGACACGAGACGCAUCACAGGAAGUAACAAAACAUGA